CUUCGUACGAGUAUGUAGUAAACGUUUCAUACCUCCAUUGUCUCUAGGCAAGAAUGGCUUUGUAUUCAUACCUUUUCGGUAUACUCGUGGCGUGUGUUUCAUAUGUCGUAUACCAGAAAUAUACUAAUGUUUACACCAGUUUUGUUGCCAAACCUGAGAAGCGGUACGAUUAUAUUAUCGUCGGUGCGGGUACGGCGGGCUGUGUGUUGGCGGCCCGCCUGUCUGAGGACCCCCAGGUGAAGGUGCUGCUGGUAGAGGCAGGGGGUCACAUGGGCUACUUCACCAGGAUACCCCUCACCUCGACCGCCGCCCAGCAGGGGCCCAAUGACUGGUCCUUCAGAGCCACUCCGCAGAAAUACUCGUCUUUCGGUCUAUGGAACCAGACACCCAUAAUCCCUCGCGGCAAAGGACUCGGCGGGUCAGGCCAGAUCAACUUCCUCCUCCACGGUUUCGGGUUACCGGAGGAUUACAACCGAUGGUCGCGGCUGGGCUUCAAAGGGUGGACGAUGGCUGACCUGAAGCCAUACUUCUUGAAGGCCUUUGGGACUGUUAGAAGUGAGUUCGACUCUGACAUGUGUCCGCCUAAAGGAUUUUGUGCGAAGGCGCCAAUGAAGCUAAAACUCAUAGACGAAGACAAUGACCUAAUGACGGUGUUCAGACAAGCCUCCUCCAGCAUUGCGGACAAACACACGCUGUUCCGGAGACCAACCGCCAGCAUCAAGGACGGCAGCAGGCACCAGGCGUACGACGCUUAUCUGAAACCUGUUCUGACUAGGAGGAAUCUACACGUGGCGUUAAAUACACAGGGGAUUUCGAUACGUUUCGAGAAAAAAAAGGCCUCAUCUCUGUACAUAUUGCAAGACCAUCGCAACUUGGACAACAUAUUCGUGAACCGAGAGAUCAUCCUCAGCGCCGGCUCACUGAAAACUCCGCAGAUUUUGAUUUUAUCCGGAAUUGGACCUAGAAGUUUAGUUCAGAGGUUGCGGAUAAACUUGAUAUCAGCGAAUGAGCACGUGGGUCAGAAUCUACACGACCACCUGAACCUGCCGGUGUACGUCAGCGUCAAGCAGCCAAUCAGCGUCACGCUCGCCAAGGUGUUCACCCCCGCCACCGUGUGGGAUUACUACUGGAAGCAUAGCGGCUACUUGGCGUUCCCGCCCGUGGCCGGCGUGGAGUACCACAACGCGUCGGCUCUCAUGCUGUUCUCCAUGGGGUCCACCAGUGAGAGGCUGCUUCGAGGCAUAUCCAACUACAGACCUCAAGUAUUCCGCGACGUGUUCCCCUUCCCCAACGACACCAGUCGCGAGGGGUUCAUGUUUCUGGCGAGCUGCGUGCAGCCCCGCAGCCGGGGGUCGCUGACCCUGCGCGACUCCAGCACAUCUGUGCCAGUGCAGAUCGACCCCAACUACCUGCACCGGGACUACGAUGUGAAGUGCAUGAUUAAAGCAAUCCGCAGAGCAGAAAGACUAGUAUCAACAAAACCGUUUCAAUCCAUCGGCGCGCGCAUCCACUGGCCGCGCUCGGAGCGGUGCCUCAGCUUUUGGAGAUACUCCAAACAGGAUCAAAGCGGACUCGUCAAAAAGCGGAAAAAAAUAAAAUCGCAAAAUGAAUUGGAAUCGCAUUGGGAUGAACCUCCAAAGCCCAAACCAACAGUCCACAGUCCACCGAAAGAAUAUUUGGAGUGUAUGGUGCGAGAGGCGGCCGUGACCGGGCACCACGCUGCUGGCACUUGCGCCGGGGGGAGGGUCGUUGAUGAUCAACUCAGGGUGAAGAAAGUGAAGGGUGUGCGAGUAGUGGACGCGAGCGUGUUUCCCUCGCCCGUAUCCCUGUACCCCAACUCCGUGCUGGUGGCCAUGGCGGAGAGAGCCGCUGACUUGAUACGGCACACUAAACUAUAGUGUGGCAAGUUGUUGAUAACACUCCCAUGAUAUGCGGGUGACAGGGGGAUAGACUACGCGGGUGUGAAAUCGUGCGUGCUGGGAAGUGAUGUGCAUCAGUCGUGGGUUUUUCAUUCAUCGUUACACGCCCCCCAGCCCGCGCGCAACAUUGGGAGUGUUGCGAACGAAGUUGCCAAGCUAAAUAGGCUAUACUUUGUUAUGUUUCCGAAUAAAGUGUUUUGUUUUUA